AAGACUCCGAGAAACUUGUAAAAACUCAGAAACGAGAAAGAGAGAGAGAGCAAAAAGAAAAAAAAUGGCGUCACAUGGGUGUUACAGUGGGAUUCACGGUAUAAAAAGGGUUCAUCCUCUGUUUCUUUCUUUAACAUAUCGAUUCUCCUCUUCUGCUCUGCCAUUGAAAUCGAAACCUCAAGCUCGCAUUCUCGCAUCAGAGCUUCGUAUUCACCCUUCUGCGUCUUCUGGUCUUGGAUAUCGCAGGCAUUGUUCAUCUUCUCGAGGAUUUCAAUUCUAUUCUUAUAAGAGAAGCGAGGCAGCCUCGCCGUUCAAGAGGAGGUACAGAGAAAAGGAAGAAGAAGAAGAAGAGAUGACGAUUAAACCGGCGGUUCGAAUCUCCCACGGCAAUCUAAUCAUCAAAAACCGUACGGUUCUAACCGGUUUACCAGACAAUGUCAUCGCAACAUCAGCAUCGGAGGCCGGGCCGGUCGAAGGAGUCUUCGUCGGAGCUGAAUUCGACAAAGAAUCGAGUAACCACAUCGUACCGAUCGGUACACUCCACGAUUCCCGGUUCAUGGCUUGUUUCAGGUUCAAGCUCUGGUGGAUGGCCCAAAGAAUGGGCCAACAGGGCCGGGAUAUUCCCUUAGAAACGCAAUUCCUAUUGGUCGAGUCAAACGAUGGGUCCCACCUCGAGCCUGACGGCGUAGACGGCGUCGAGAGCAACCGGAAACUUUACACCGUUUUCUUGCCGUUAAUCGAGGGAUCUUUCCGUUCGUGUCUCCAAGGAAACGUUAACGACGAGGUGGAGCUCUGUUUAGAAAGCGGCGACGCCGAUACUAAACGGUCGUCGUUUACUCACUCUCUGUAUAUCCACGCCGGCACAGAUCCGUUCAAAACGAUAACGGAAGCUAUCCACACCGUUAAGUUGCAUCUGAAGAGUUUCCGUCAACGUCACGAGAAGAAGCUUCCAGGGAUCGUUGACUACUUUGGGUGGUGCACUUGGGACGCGUUUUACCAAGAGGUUACUCAAGAAGGCGUCGAAGCUGGGCUUCAAUCUCUCACCGCCGGCGAUACGCCGCCGAAAUUCGUCAUCAUCGACGACGGUUGGCAAUCCGUUGAGACUGAUCUUGACCCGAUCGGGAACGAAGACGACAAAUCGGUUUCCCGGUUAACCGGGAUCAAGGAAAAUGCAAAGUUCCAGGACAAGGAUGAUCCAAAAUCAGGGAUUAAGAACAUUGUCGAUAUCGCCAAGGAGAAAUACGGUCUAGAAUACGUGUACGUGUGGCACGCAAUUACGGGUUAUUGGGGCGGGGUUCGACCCGGGGAGGAAUUCGGAUCUUCGAUGAAGUAUCCGAUGGUGUCAAAGGGUGUGGCGGAGAAUGAGCCGACGUGGAAGACGGAUGUUAUGGCGGUUCAAGGUUUGGGUUUGGUUAACCCAAAGAAUGUGUAUAGAUUCUACAACGAGCUUCAUAGUUACUUGGCUGCUGCUGGUGUGGACGGUGUGAAAGUGGAUGUGCAGUGUAUAUUGGAGACUUUGGGUGGUGGGUUAGGUGGUCGGGUCGAGUUAACGCGUCAGUAUCAUCAAGCUCUUGAUUCCUCUGUUGCGAAGAACUUCCCAGACAAUGGCUGCAUCGCUUGUAUGAGCCACAAUACUGAUGCUCUCUACUGCUCGAAGCAAGCAGCUGUGAUUAGAGCAUCAGAUGAUUUCUAUCCGCGAGAUCCGGUGUCUCAUACCAUCCACAUUGCCUCGGUUGCAUACAACAGUGUGUUCUUGGGUGAGUUUAUGCAGCCUGACUGGGACAUGUUCCAUUCCGUGCACCCUGCAGCAGAGUACCAUGCCUCUGCUAGGGCCAUUAGUGGUGGACCAAUCUAUGUUAGUGAUGCUCCUGGAAAGCACAACUUUGAUCUUCUAAAGAAGCUUGUGUUGCCUGAUGGGUCGAUCCUUCGUGCCCGUUUACCUGGUAGACCAACCCGUGAUUGUUUGUUCGCUGAUCCUGCCCGCGAUGGUGUCAGCUUGCUAAAGAUAUGGAACAUGAACAAAUACACUGGAGUCCUUGGCGUGUAUAAUUGCCAAGGAGCAGCUUGGAGUAGCACGGAAAGGAAAAACGUCUUCCACCAGACAAAAACUGAUUGCCUCACUGGCUCCAUUCGUGGCCGUGAUGUGCAUUUGAUAUCCGAGGCCUCUACUGAUCCAUCAACCUGGAAUGGAGACUGUGCUGUUUACUCCCAGAGCAGAGGCGAACUCACUGUUAUGCCAUACAAUGCGUCUCUCACAAUCUCAUUGAAAAUCUGCGAGCACGAGAUCUUCACUGUGAGCCCGAUAAGUAAUCUGGCUACGGAUGGUGUCUCAUUUGCUCCACUCGGUCUUGUAAACAUGUACAAUUCGGGAGGAGCUAUACAAGGACUUAAAUAUGACGCUGAGAAGGUGAAAGUGGUUAUGGAAGUCAAAGGUUGUGGUAAUAUAGCUUACUCAUCGGUGAAGCCUAAGAGAUGCGUUGUUGAGUCAAAUGAGAUUGCAUUUGAGUACGAUGCCUCCUCUGGUUUGGUCACUUUUGAGUUGGACAAGAUGCCUUCAGAGGCCAAGCGAUUACAUCUGAUUGAAGUUGAGUUAUGAAAAAUCUCUUAGCUAGUAUUCAUGGAACCGAAACAGUCUCAAAACCGUUAUAAGGUUAUAAUUUUACAUGUAAACAGUUGGUUAUUGUUGUAGCUACUUUUCAAUGUUGUACUGUUCUCGUUUCUGUUGUAUACCAAUA